GCCCGCGCGGCGCCGGCGGCCAUGGCGGGAAGCGAGCCCCGCGGAGCCGGCUCCCCGCCGCCCGCCAGCGACUGGAGCCGCCUGGAGGCCGCCAUCCUGAGCGGCUGGAGGACCUUCUGGAAUUCGGUGGGCAAGGAGCGGGCGGCGCGGACGGCCUCCCGGGAAAAGGCGGAGGACGAGACCUGCGCGCUGACGCGGCUGCCGGUUGAUAUACAGCUGUAUAUUUUGUCAUUUCUUUCGCCCCAUGACCUGUGCCAGUUGGGAAGUACAGAUCGUUAUUGGAAUGAAACUGUAAGAGACCCGAUUCUCUGGAGAUAUUUUCUGUUGCGGGAUCUCCCUUCUUGGUCUUCUGUUGAUUGGAAAUCACUUCCAGAUCUCGAGAUCUUAAAAAAGCCCAUAUCCGAGGUCACCAACCACACAUGUUUUGAUUACAUGGAGGUUUAUAAAAUGUGCUGUCCAUAUACGAGAAGAGCCUUGAAAGCCAGCCGUCCUAUGUAUGGAGCUGUUACCUCUUUUUUACACUCCUUGAUCAUUCAGAAUGAACCCCGAUUUGCUAUGUUUGGACCAGGUUUGGAAGAACUGAACACGUCUUUGGUGUUGAGUUUGAUGUCUUCAGAGGACCUUUGUCCAACUGCUGGUUUGCCUCAUAGACAGAUUGAUGGUAUUGGAUCUGGAGUCAAUUUCCAGUUGAGCAAUCAGCAUAAAUUUAAUAUCCUGAUAUUAUAUUCAACUACCAGGAAGGAAAGGGACAGAGCAAGGGAAGCGCAUACAAGUACAGUGAAUAAGAUGUUCAGCCUACAGAGUGAAGGAGGUGAGCAACAAGGGAGCCGCUACAGUGUCAUUCCGCAAAUUCAGAAGGUGUGUGAAGUGGUAGAUGGGUUCAUCUACGUGGCCAAUGCCGAAGCUCAGAAACGACAUGAAUGGCAAGAUGAAUUUUCUCGUAUCAUGGCCAUGACAGAUCCAGCUUUUGGAUCUUCAGGAAGACCAAUGCUGGUUUUAUCUUGUAUUUCUCAAGCAGAUGUAAAAAGAAUGCCCUGUUUUUAUUUAGCUCAUGAGCUACGUCUCAAUCUUCUAAACCACCCAUGGAUGGUCCAGGAUAUGGAAGCUGAAACUCUGACUGGUUUUUUGAAUGGCAUUGAGUGGAUUCUUGAAGAAGUAGAAUCUAAGCGUGCAAGAUGAUACUCCUUUUGGACAUUGGGAAGCUGCAGUUCAUGACAUAUGUGUUUCCCAUCCACCCUGUUCCUGCCUCUUUCUAGGAGGGCUUUAUGCUGAACAGCUACUAUGGCUGUGCUUCUGACACUUUACCAUGAAUGAGCUGCAAGUUUCAGUCCUACCACUUUUCCCCAAAAUGAACUCUCACAUUUUUGAUAACUUUUAUAUUUUCUGUUUUUUGAAAAUAUUAAAUUCUGCAAAACAAAA